AUGCCUUUUGGUCCUCGAAAUCCCUUCCUCACGACGGAAGAUGAUGACAUCCCGCUCGACACAUUCGAUCGAGAGCUUCUGGCUCAGCUUGGGGAGCGAGAUUCUCAACCGGUAGCCACAGGAAGAGGAGCUUUGCUGCGCCGGUUUACGGAGGAUUCCGUCUCUCCUGUAUCCCCAGCCAUAGGCCAGUACUCCAGCUCUCCGGAUACAUCGUUCCAAUCGAGCCCGUUGCUGCAGUACUUCAGACCAAGUCAGCCUCAAAUCGCUUCGACGCCAGGUUUCUCGGAGUAUCAGUAUGUGCCCGCUCAACUUAGCGACAGGUCAGAGCACACGAAAGACAGUUAUUCGAGCAGAAAAGGGCCAUCAACAUCCCCUUCAUUACCUCGUCAGAUAUCGUUCAGUCACGCGCCACCUGUAGUCCAAGGCAUUCAUCUGAUCGAAACUAAGACACUCCCAGAUCGUUUCCGUGCACUCUUCCCUUACCCCCUUUUUAACGCGGUGCAGUCAAAGUGUUUUCACCAUGUGUAUGACAAUGACUACAAUGUUGUCGUAUCUGCUCCAACAGGAAGCGGCAAAACUGUUAUUAUGGAGCUUGCAAUUUGCCGUUUGGUCAACAACUUGAAAGAUGGCCUCUUCAAGCUGGUGUAUCAGGCUCCGACAAGAGCGUUGUGCUCUGAAAGGUUCCGUGAUUGGUCCAAGAAGUUCACUUCGUUAGGGCUAUCAUGUGCCGAGUUGACUGGUGAUACUGAUUAUGCUCAGUCGCGACUGGUGCAGACUGCCAGCAUUAUCAUCACCACGCCGGAGAAGUGGGAUAGUAUGACACGAAGAUGGAGAGAUCAUUCCAAGUUGAUGCAACUAGUCAGGCUCUUUCUGAUUGAUGAAGUUCACGUUCUCAACGAGACUCGUGGUGCUGCUCUCGAGGCUGUGGUAUCUCGAAUGAAGUCCGUCGGUUCAAAUGUCCGUUUCAUUGCUCUGAGUGCUACGAUACCGAAUUCAGAAGACAUAGCGACGUGGUUGGGCAAGAAUGAUACGCUGCAACAUCUGCCUGCUCAUAAAGAACAUUUUGGCGAAGAAUUCCGUCCGACGAAGCUUCAGAAAUUUGUAUAUGGUUAUCCGUGUACGGGGAAUGACUUUGCAUUCGACAGAAACUCUGCCAUCUCUACUGCAAAAGAGCUCGCCAAGCUGUGGUUAAACACUAUUCCUCAAAGACGAUUCUGGGCCGGAUCGGUGAGAAUGCCUGUUAUCAAGAAUACAGAUUUGAAAGCGCUCGUUGCCUCUGGUGUCGCUUUCCAUCACGCCGGCUUGGAUAGCGACGAUCGUCAUGCCGUUGAAAGAGCAUUCCUUGAAGGAAAACUGAGUAUCAUCUGCUGCACAUCUACGCUUGCCGUUGGUGUCAAUUUGCCCUGCUACCUAGUCAUCAUUAAGAAUACCGUUUGCUGGCAGGAAGGCGGUUGCAAAGAGUACACCGACUUGGAGAUGAUGCAAAUGCUAGGUCGUGCCGGCCGUCCUCAAUUCGACGACACUGCAGUAGCUGUCAUACUUACUAAGAAAGAACGAGUUCCAAUCUAUGAACAACUGGUAUCGGGCACAAUGCAACUAGAAAGUUGUCUUCAUCUUAAUCUCAUCGACCAUCUCAAUGCAGAGAUCUCUUUGGGCACGGUUUCGGACAUUCAAAGCGCUAUCAAGUGGCUUGCGGGGACUUUCUUAUUCGUGAGACUCAGGAGAAAUCCUACUCGCUACAAGCUAAAGGAAAAUGCAGAUCACAGAGAUGAGGAUGAAAUGCUGCAACAGAUUUGUGACAAGGACAUCAAACUUCUCCAGGAGACUGAACUUGUCGUCAAGCAAGGUCCUAUUAAGGCCACACCGUACGGUGAAGCUAUGGCCAAGUACUACUUAUCUGCAGUAUCUCAGGCAGAUGAAUUUCACGAGUUGCGUCUCAAGGCAGCGGAGCGCCCUUUCUACAGGGAGAUCAAUCGGGCUCACGGAAUCCGGUUUCCAAUAAAAGUAGAAUUGGUUCAGAAUGCUCAUAAGAUCUCUCUUCUCAUACAGUCUGAAUUAGGUGCUGUUGACUUUCCUUCUGCCGAGCAGUUCCAGAGACACAGAAUGCAGUUUCAACAAGAUAAGGCGAUUGUAUUCACGCAUAUCAAUCGUCUAUUACGGUGCAUCAUUGAUUGUCAGAUACACAACGAGGAUGGCGUUGCCGUGAGAAACUGUCUCGAACUCGCGCGGAGCUUUGCUAGUCGAGUCUGGGAGAACUCACCUCUUCAAAUGAAGCAAAUCGAUCAGAUUGGUGUCGUUGCGGUGAGAAAGUUAGCUGGUGCUGGCAUUAACAGUAUUCAGGCACUGGAGGAAACAGAGGCGCACAGAAUUGAUAUGAUACUGAGCAAGAAUCCGCCAUUCGGAAUGAAACUUCUUGCACGACUCGCAGAGUUUCCGAAGUUACGUGUAACUAUCAAACUGCUAGGCAAGGCGAGCAAGCACGGUGGAGCGGUGAGAGUCAAUUUCAAGGCCGACAUAGGAUUCUUGAAUGAGAAGACGCCAACAACUUUCCACAAGCGUCCUGUAUACGUUUGUUUCUUAACGGAGCUUUCUGAUGGUCGACUAUUAGACUUUCGACGCUUGAGUGCUCAAAAGCUACAGAACGAUCAAGAAAUCCUGCUUAGCGCGGAGAUCAAGAGUCCAUUGCAGCAUAUUACAUGCUACGUGAUGUGCGAUGAAAUCGGUGGAACAUGUCAAUAUGCAGAACUGAAGCCAGAUGUGCCUGAUUCGUUCUUCUCGGUUGACAUCCCAAUGAAAACUUCCCGACGCAGAAACGGUGACGGUCCAAGACUGAAAACUAUCGUUCAGAAUGAAGCUUUUGAGGAUGAUGAUAUUCCGGACGAUGCUUUCUUGGAAGCUGUUCAUGGUCUUGAUGAUCAUCCUCAGAACCAAGGUUCAGUGGACAGGGCUUCGAACAAUAGUCGAAAGAACGAACGGCAUACGAGUGACCUUCGCGAAGAUACCGAGGAGUUACAACCAGUCAUGCUUGAAAAUGGGAAAUACAACUGCAACCACAAAUGCAAAGAUAAAUCAACGUGCAAGCACUUUUGCUGCCGCGAAGGUCUCGAUAAGCCUCCAAAGGUGCACAAGAAUGCUCGUCAUAAUGAACGAACAAAGAGCAAUAUCCAGCUUCCAUUAAUCAAUAACGGUAUCCCAAAGACGCCUAUUAAAGGUUCACAGCGCAACGGACCCUCUUAUGAUACAAUUGAUUACCUCGAUCUCACCCAACCAACCAAGGAAGAGCAGCAUAAGCAACAUAUAGCCCCUGAAUCGAAGGCAAAACGAAUGGCCAAUCUAGACUUCGCAUCAUCUCAAGCGAUGUUGCCCAGGGCUACAGUCAGGAAAAUAGCUAGGAAUAGGAAACGAUCCAACAAUCGCCGACGACGUUCGUCGAGUGAGUACGAUGACAGCAGCUUAGAGGAGUUCUUCUCUCCAACGCAACAUGCAUUAACUGAUAUGACUAAUGGGGACUCGCCCACAAUCGGUACAAGUCUGGACUUGAAUGAUGACAGUCCUUACACAGGUCUUGUCGCAAAGGCACUAGGGCCACAGGACAGAUUGUCGUACAAUGCACCAAAACUUUCUUUCAAAAGAAAUGUCGGACCAAUGAGUGAUGCAACAAACAUCUCCAACGCUUCCAAGCGCCCAAAGAUCGAUAUGCAAUCUUCGUCCAACGGUGAUGCAGACACAAUUCAUGACCCAGUUAAUGAUUUAAAGAAUCAUUCACCUAACCAGCCUGAAUCGCAAAAUGAAUAUAUUGAUGCGUUGUUGUUGCAGGAAUUUGGCGAUAUCGUUAACUUUUCCGGGAUCUAA